AUGGCUGAAGUAGACGGCGAUGAUAAUAAAAAGAGGAAGAGGAGUUUUUGGUCUCGAGUCUGGAAUGGUUUGUUUUUGUUUAGGUUACAUGGUGAUGAUUUUGAGAAACGAUUGCAAUACAUAUCUAAAGAAGAAGCCACUCUUAUUUCUAAAAUGAAGAGGAGAUCUUCAAGUUGGAGGUCAACCGCUAGGAAUUUAGUCGUCGUUUCUGUUUUCCUUGAGGUUGUAGCAUUGGCUUACGCUAUAAUUACAACAAGAUCUGUGGACUUAGACUGGCAAAUGAGGGCAUUACGAGUUCUUCCAAUCUUUCUUCUGCCUGCUUUCUCAUCCGCUUUGUAUUGGGCACUUUUUUGCUUCACAAGAAUGUGUGAUAGCAGAGAUCAGAAAACCCUAGAAAGCCUUCAGGUUGAAAGACAAGAAAAGAUUGAUGAACUAAAAGAACGAACAAAUUACUACACCACUCAGCAACUAAUUCAGAAAUAUGACCCUGAUCCAGCAGCCAAAGCAGCUGCUGCAGCUGUUCUUGCAUCGAAAUUGAGUGCUGAUUCAGGGAUAAGAAUGUUCCUAGAGGAGUCUCAUCAUGAUCUUCAAGAUACAGGGAAGAGCAAUGAUUUUGAGCCUGUGACAUCUUGUGGGCUGAGGAAAAGAAAUACAUCUGAUGCUACAACAUCAAAGGGGGGAGGCCAUGUAAUGCAGCAAUCUGAUGUGGACAUGAUUCAGCAUUUAGAAGAUGAGGUGUCUGAGGUGUCGCCACCUCAGCAGAUUGUUGUUGAGCAUCAUAACCCUUCAGCUUCAGGGACUCAAGAUGGGGGUUGGCUUGCUAAAGUUGCAGCUUUGCUUGUUGGAGAGGACCCUGCACAAUCUUUUGCACUUAUAUGUGGGAAUUGCCUUAUGCACAAUGGUCUUGCAAGGAAAGAGGAUUUCCCAUUCAUUACAUACUUUUGUCCACGCUGUCAUGCUCUGAAUAGACCGCGUGGCUCAACCACAAAUUCUCCAAAAGCAUCGGGUCCCACCAGUCCCAUGACAGGUGGCAAUGACGUCCCCAUGAGUGAGAAACCAUCACCUGUCAAUGUCAAUAGUCCCAUGGGUGAGACAGAACCCAGUGAGAAAAUAGGCGCUACUAGUCAAUAG